AUGCUGAGUCUCUCCUCUGGACUGGAGGAAGGAAAAAAAAAAAAAGCCCAAGCAAUGCUGAGUCUUUGCUCUGGACUGGGGGCAGCAGAAAAGCAAAAGCAAGCCUGAGCCUCUCCACUGGGACUGUUAAGGAGGGGGGAUAAAAAAAAAAAAAAGAAAGAAAGAAAUGUUAGGACUCCUUUUUGGACUUUAGGGAGGAAAAGCAGGGAAGGGAAAGCAAAAGCAAUGCUGGUCUUCUGGUCAGGAGUGUAAGGAGAAGAUAUACUGUAGCAAUGCUGAGUCUGUUGUCUGGACUGAGAAAACUUGGUCAACAUGGCCAAACCCUGGAGUGAGCCUGAGUGAGCUGGGGCUUUUGCUCCACUCCAACUUUGAACACAGCACUUUGGAUGCAACACAUGCAUACUGGACCUCAAUGCAGUCUAUUUUAAGGCUGAGUGAAAAUAGCCUGUAUAUGGGAAAUUAUAGACAUAUUUGUCCUGAGAGUCAGAAGAGUCAGCAGCUUUACUGAGUCCUGGACGCCUUCUGUACAGGAAAUAAACGGAUCGAAGGUGUUCCUGGUGAAAAAUGCCAGCAGCAGUAAAUCUACAUUAACGCAGGACAGCCAUCACGGAGUGUCUUUGUUGGUUUAUCACUCAUUGCCAAAAUCUUGGAGGAGAACACCAUCUCAUAUCAUAUCAUAACAUAACAAAGAAUGACGAGACAACACUUGAGUCCUCAUUAACCACGCUUGACCCCAAGACUUCAGAGCAGAUAAAUUUUUAAAGAGCUUUUCCAGGAUUCGUCUGUGAAGCAAUUCCCACCACAUUGAAUACAUCCAUCUCUCUCGUUAAACCCACGUCGCAGGCUUCAAGUGCGGCCCACCAGACCAUGAUGUUUCGUGACCAGGUGGGUGUCUUGGCCAGCUGGUUUAAGGGCUGGAACGAGUGCGAGCAGACCGUGGCUCUGCUGUCACUGUUGAAGCGGGUGAGUCGGACCCAGGCUCGGUUCCUGCAGCUCUGUCUGGAGCAUUCGUUAGCUGAGUGCACGGAGCUGCACGUUCUUGAAGUGGAGGCCAACAACCCAGCGGUAAUUGGUCAGUGGCAGGCCGAGCCAAAAGAGCGUCUCAUCUCUCUGGUCCUGACCCAUCUGCCCCUCCUCAAACCGGGCAACGGCGAAGCCAAAAGCGAGUACAUGCGGCUACUUCCCAAAAUCCUCACCCACACAAUCGAGUUUGGGCGGCACCUUGAAGAGAGCAGGCAGCUGCUCUCGUACGCUCUCAUCCACCCGGCCACGUCUCUGGAGGACCGGGCCGAUCUCGCUCUCUGGCUCAACCAUCUGGAGGAACGGGCAGCCACUCGCACUGCUGGAGGAGGAGGAGAUUCAUUGGAGCGAGUGCCUUCUUCUCAUCAUCUUUAUGCCCAGCAUCAGCGUUACGGCUCUGAUGAUCGUCUCAAUGGCUGGCAGGGAUCCCGAGACUCGGGCAUUGCCACCUGGCACACACAGCAACAACAGCAGGGCUGUGAGAACGGACAUCUUCUUCUAUACCCAUCAUCAUCAGUCCCUUCUACCAUCAAUACAGUGGGCACAGGAAGUGGAAGCAACUCCAUCCUGCAGUCUGCGGGUCAGCACAGUCCUCUGAAGCGCUCCGUCUCUCUCACUCCCCCCAUGAGCGGCUCAUCCACUCAGCCUCUGGGACACGGCUGGCUCUCACAGGAGGACCUGCGGGGACGGGGGGCACCUCUCACACCUGACCACGCCCCUCUGUCCCCUCAGAGCAGCGUGGCAUCAUCAGGGAGUGGCGGCAGCGAGCACCUAGAGGACGGCUCAGGCUUGGGCAUGGCACUCCGGAGCUCUUUCAGCGAGGAGGGGAGCGGCAUGAGGGAUGUCCCGGCAUGGCUGAAGAGUCUGCGUCUGCACAAGUACGCCGGGCUUUUCUCCACUAUGACCUACGAGGAAAUGAUGUCGCUGACGGAGCAGCAGCUGGAGGCACAGAGCGUUACUAAAGGGGCGCGGCACAAGAUCAUCAUCAGCAUCCAGAAACUGAAAGAGAGACAGAACAUGCUACGCUCUCUGGAAAAGGAUGUGUUGGAAGGCGGGAAUCUGCGUUCUCCUUUGCAGGAGCUCCAUUAUAUCAUUGGGACUCCCAUUAAAGCGUUCAACAGCGUGGCCGAGUCUCCACAGCGCCCCCUACUGAGCGCCGAGGGAAAGAGCGCAGCCACUGGAGUGUGUGUGAGCGGAGGGGAAGCUGAGAGCAGCACCACACUCAUAGCAGAGGGGGACAUUCCUGCUCAGUUCACGCGCGUCAUGGGCAAAGUGUGCACACAGCUGCUGGUGUCUCGGCCGGAUGAAGAGAACAUCAGCUCAUAUCUGCAGCUCAUCAAUAAGUGUGAACUCCAUGAGGCGUUCACAGAGACGCAGAAAAAGAGAUUGUCGUCAUGGAGGCAGCAGGUGCAGAAGCUAGUACGCUCGUUUCCACGGAAACCUCUCCUGGACAUGACUGGCUACCGUCAGCCGAGGAGCAGCCGUGGUUUCGGUCAGUCCAACUCCCUUCCGAGCGCUGUGUGUGUGGGCAGCAGUGUGUGUUCCCGGAGAAACCUGCGCCAGUUUCCGGUGCCAUCGCGGAGUCUUCCUGCGCCCCGGCUCGGCCUGCUGGGCACCACCGGCCUGCUCACACACACGCACACACCACGCAGUUCCAACAACACACCCACCAACCUGAAGCAGGGCAGACAGGGUCUAUGGUUUGCUAACCCGGGCGGCAGUAACAGCAUGCCCAGUCGCACCCACAGUUCUGUGCAGAGGACGCGCUCGCUACCCGUCCACACCAACCCACACACCAUGGCCAUGUUCCAGCAGGCAGAUCUGCAGGUUCCUGUGACGGAGCCAGACAUCAAUAAUCGAUUGGAGUCUCUCUGCCGCAGUAUGACUGAACACGCUCUAGAAGAUGGUGUUGAUCGGACGUCCACUAUCUGAAGGAGAGCACGAAAAGGAGGCAGAGCUAACCAUGAAUUGAAGAUGCGGUGGAGGGGAGGGCCAUCUGUGCGGCAUACACCCGCUUUGUCCUUAAACUCCGCCCACUUGCUCAUCUAACCAACACACUCAUUGGUAGUGGAAGUAAUAGCUGGUGGGUGUGGCCUACAUGCUACCAUUCACCUUCUUCUGAAAGCCUGCUGCAAGUGACCAGCUCCCAUCAUCAUCAUCAUUAUCAUUUUCAUCAUCAUCAUCAUCAUCAUCAUCAUCAUCGUUGCCAUGACUACUUUUUUUUUUUACAUUAGGCAUUGGAUAUUUUUGGGAGAUAAAAAGAGAACAAACAAAAAAAAUUAUAAAACCGAUCAAAGGUACUGUAUGAGGUUUGGUGAAUGUGGAGAAGAGAACAGAGGACGGAAAGAUCCACGAGACUUAAGGAUUGUGAAGCUGUCUCGCUGCACGCCGAAACCAAAAAACAGCCAGUAAUCAAUAAACACACGCUAAAAGCCAGGAGCUGAUCAUAACUUACCAAACCAAGUCGUUUACACACAGUUAUCAGUUAUCAUCUCCAACAGCAACAUCCAGCAUCAGUUUACAAGGUUUUAGUUUUUCUCGGAUUCACUUGGGAAUUUCCCGGUCAUUUGGGAAGCUGUUUUGUGAAAAUUUGAAGAGUCAGAGCAGCAGUGGUCAGAGAGGAGAAGAGGAAGGAAUGAGAGAGAGACAGAGACAGAGACAGAGCAAAGGGGGAAAGGGAAGUGACGUAAGCAUGUGGAGGAUGUGAGGUAGAACAAGGAGGGGGAAGGAAUGUCGUAAAUGGAAUUGGACGUCAAGGGAAGUGGACGAAGGCAUGUGGUAAGUCAGGCUAAGGUGGAUGUUUUUGUUUGGAAUGGAAAGAGGUACUUGGCAAGAUCUCCUGCUUGAAAUCGUAUUUGAUAGAUCACUGAUUUUGAUCAUGUUUGUAUUUGAAUGUCUUUGGAGAAGAUUAACAGAAAGUGAGAGUCAUGAAAAAGGCUACACUGGACCACUGCUCGUCUGGGGCCGUGCUUAUUAUUCUCAGCUAUAUGCUCGGAUUGUAAAUAAAUACAUAAAUAUAAAUGGACACUUCCGUUAGAGAGGGCUUAGAGAGCUUUGUUUUGCAUAAUACUAUCCGCAUGCUGGAGUGACUGGAGGAAAUUUACUAAAGUAUGUAGCUCCACCUGGUGGCCAAAUGAUGUAACAAGCAGUCAUGUGCCCUCGCAUGGACACUCGGGCAUUGGUCAGAAAACACACUGAUAUGUGAUGAUGGUUUGUGGGCGGAGACUAACAAUUUUUUCCACAGUGUGACGAGGAGACAUCUCAAAAAUAGCUACUUUUUUAGAGUUGAGUGAACACGCUCAGCUAAAGUCGGACUGAGAGCACAGUGAUGCUAAACACGUCAUCCCUAGCUAUAUGUUACAGAUAACCUUUAUUUAUAAACCAAUAUGUCACCAAUUUCUCAGUGUUAAAACUGAUACACAUUGUGAUUCACUAAUGGAAAGACUCACUGUAUGAAGACAUCUUAUAAGAACAGAUUCAAAGCGCUCUAGCUUUUGAGACGUUUCAGUAACAAAAUGCUAAGAUGAAUUUGUGCUAGCCUUUAGUUAGCGCUACAAGGAAAUGAGCUGUUGUGUAUUUUUUUUUCCCAGUGUUGUCUUAAGGUCAGGUAGUCUAUUAGCAUAUCACGUUUGUAGGUUUACAGUGUGGAAUAAGCUUUUCAGUUUAACUUUGUGAAUCUCGGCCUCUUUGUGAUUUUUCACUUCGAGUAGCUGUUUGAUUUUCUGCAUGGAAUAGAACGUUAAUUAGAAAUCUAUAAGGGCUGUUGAUUUUUGGGGCGAUUUAAAGCCCUUAAAAUGAGGGUGUGUAGAGUUUUGUGUAAUCGUAGUUUUUUUUUUCUAAUAUAAGAUCUUGUUUGUCGUGCACUCGGUGCUGUGAAACGCUGAACUAUUGAAAGCAAACACUCUUACGUGCAAUAGAUUGGGCAAAGCGUGCUGGAGCACACAAAGUAGAUCGUGAACUAGGGGUGUGCAUUGGGGCUGGGAUCCCUUUUUUUUUUUUUUUUUUUUUUUUUUUUUAAAACCCUAACUCUAACCCUAACCCUAACCCUCAUGCAGGCAGGAGCGGGAGUGGGAGCAGUCAGAUAUGAAGCUUGUGAGACAAAGAAAGUUUCAUUACCAUGGGAGUGUGCUCGUGCGACGUUUUUUCUGCAUUUAAUCAUUAAUCUUUAGUAAAUGCUUUAUCCUGUUCAGGGUCAUGGUGGUUUAAAUAACCAGAUUAGAAACAACGAAGUUUGUUAGAAAUUGUAGCAUACAAGUGUAAACAACAAAUAACUGCCAGGGUUGGGAUUUAAAAAAAAAAACAGUCCCACGCACACCCCUAUCACAAAUGACAGUGUGUGUGUGUGUACGCUUUUAGCUCUUCACUGCCAACAAUACACUACAAUACCAUAAUAGAGUUAUGAACUAGAGUUACGGGCUGUUGGCUUCACACACAGCCACACCUCAAGCUAGAUCACGUCCAAAGAUGCUAUCACACGUUAGCAAAGUGAGAAAAGCAAAGAAAUAGUCCAAAGUGCUGAGUAAGGGGUCUCUGCUGAACAAAAGUGGCCAUUUCUCAAUUAUUGGAAGUGAAUUAAUAGCAGACAUGACAGUCAGACUGAAAGAUUUGUAGCUUGCAGCUAAGUUAUCAAAGGUGUUUAAUGUUAGAUGCUAGAUAAGACUAAACCUUACUAUUGGCUAGUUAACUAGCAAGCUAUCUAAGCUAGCUUCGGAGUAUCAGUGAACCCUUAAAUCUAAUUAGAUAACUAGCUGUUUUACUGUGUUUAUUCUAUGCUAUGCUAGUCAGAAAAGAAGGAAGUCUUUAUGACAAAAUCUUUUUUUUUUUUUUUUUUUUUUUUAAGCUUGUGUCUAACUAACUAAGUUAGCUGACACUGCUGCAUGUUAAUUAGCUAGCACCGCUUAUUUUUCUUUAGAAACUUCUCUUAGGUCUCACAGGCAAAAGAUGGGAUUUAUGAAUCAGAAGAAGAGCCGUAUUUUUUCUGUGAUAAUUUUCCUAAUUCACAGAAUUUUUCGUCAGAAUUUUAGCAAUAAUCGGUUCACGCUGGCUAAUUAGCUACGUCCUGAAGCUUCACCUUCUUUAUCAGUGGUGCUUCUUUCUUAACUAGGUCUGAUUUCUCUCAGAAACACAGAUCCUAUCUCACACAAAUCCCUUUAAGAUAAUGUAAACUGUGACUUAAUAUUAAUAAUUAAAAAGGCAAAUGUCUUUUGAAACACACCCACACGCCUGAGAAACUUCUACUCUUGUUCUCUAGAGACUUGUACUUGAAAGCACAGAAUGAGGCACUUUGCUACGUUCCCUAAGAAUGAUACUCUCAUUGUGAGUUGAAAAAGAUGGGGCAGAGCAUGGACUAUCACUGCCUUACACACACACACACACACACACACACACACACACACACACACACACACACAAAACGCAUGGUAAAAAAGUCGCCUCAGAGAAUGCCUCCAUUUUGUGUGUUAUUUAAUAGCGCUUUAAAAGUGAGAUGCGUUCAAUGGCACCCUUAAUUCUGUAGAUCAUUACAAGUCAUGCUGUUCUGAACUAGUAGGCUUCUUUCCUACAUUUGAUUAACCUUUAAAGGAAGAUGUUUUGUAGAAGCAUGCUCUUAAACUGCCGUGAGGCUUCAUGUGUGUGGGUCUCAUUCGAGCGGUGCGUUUGUGUAAUAGCCACUCAACACUGCCAUUUGAACGAACCCUAUUAGCAGAUUCAAAUGAUUAUUUAUUCAUUCUUUUUUUUUUUCUAUUAUUGUCGCAGAGAUUAUUGUAUUCAUUAGAUGUAUUAUUUAAGAUACCGUAUGUAUUAACUCGCUAUGGCUGGUAACCAUAAGUACAUCUCAUAUCAUUUUGUUAUUUUGUUGUUUCUUUUUUUCUCUUUAUCUAAAAAAACUGUAUUUUAUAGUCCUUAUUUGAUUUUGUUCUUUAUUUGCUGAUUUGUUUCGUCGUGUAAAUUGCUCGCUCUGGGAUCCCGAUGGCCUAUCGCAUGCUGUACAGUGCAGUGUUGGAGUUUAGGCCUCGGCGUUUUAACACGUCAUUGUAGAUGAUAAACACAAAGCUGACUUCUCAGAUGGUUUUUGCAGUCGUGUGGCAGUGCACGGUCGCCUCAGCAAUCAGCAUGAGAUGAUGCUGUGAGCUUCCGAACUAGUUUAACACACACUUUACGCUGUGGAUGAGACUGAUUUGUGUGUGCUUGAAAUAAGGAACGAUUCCUCAGUGUGUAUAAAUAUGUGUGGUGGUCUGGGAAAACCCUUAGGAUGUCGGUGCGGCUGCCAAAAACGAUGAAAACUCCAGGCAGUAAUGUAUAUUGACGUUUCUACUUUAAGAAAACGUAAGUAUAUUUUACCAAACUUGCGUGGUUUUUAUUUAGGCUACUUUCUAGCCUCGCCUUGACAUCUGCCUACAAAGAUCAUAUUAUGUAAGGAGCCAAUUGUUAAAUUGUAUAACAACUGUACAACAAAUACAGCUAUAAAAACUGUCAGUCUGCCUAAAGAUAUCUAAAAUGUCUAAAAUUUCUCUAGUUAAGUAUGAUUUUCGCACGAGUUGUUGGAACGAAAUCAGCUUGAAGGGGUGGUCACACUAGACUUUCGGCAUGUGAAAUUUCUUCGGAGACCGCUGCGAAUGAAUGGAUGGAUUCUGGAUUCUGACGUGCUUCUCUAUAGAUGUUGAUUUUAUAUUCUUUUAAAGCUGUGUAUAAAACGGGAAAGUGUGACACCACUAUAAUCAGUUCGUCCUCCAUCUUGGAUUUUUUUGAAGAAGUCACGCUGUGACGUGUCGAUCUUCUACUGGUCACAUGUCUUCACAUGAUACGAAUUCGCAUGUCAGAGUUCACCAAAUUUAGGAAGUUUGGAACGCAGCGAAAUGCGAAACUUCUUCCGUUUCUGGUCUCCAGCAUUGGUAUGCGUAUGAAUGGAAGUCAAUGGAACUGAAAAGUUCAGUGUGACCACCGUUUGAGCCUGAUUAAAUCAGUUUGUAAUCAGAAAUUGGCUGUCAAAAUCAAAAUGCCCAUGAUGCUCCUGCGCCGCCACAUCCUCGUCAUCAUCAAAACAAAGAAGAGUGCUCUCUGUACAAACAACAACAGAAAAAAGCCACACAUAUACAUGAGCCUACACAGCGUGAUUCUGUGGUCAUUUGUAACUGCACACGACUGCAACCAAAAGGUCAAAGAGAAUGAUAUUCCAAAGUGUUUGAAUUUUUUUUAUACUGGCUCUGUUCAUUAGUCAUAUUGCGUAAUUAUCUUUCUUUUUUUUUUUUUAAGGAAAAAAAAUGCAUCUAUACUGUAUCCUAUACCGCUUUACUGUGUCCUUUAAUUAUCUUCAAGAGCCGAUGUCCUGUAUUGACUGCAGGCUUACAUAUAUAUAUAUAAAUAUUAUAUACAUAUAUAUUUUAAAAGAACAUCAUAUGUUUAGAAAAAGGAAAAUUUACCAAAAAAAAAAAAAAGUAAUUUAUAUUUUAAAAAAUGCAUGUGAGGCUGGGAAGUCGUAUUUAGAAUAACAAAUGGCAGUGCCUUUUCUCUCUUUUUGUUUUUUUUGACCUGGAUAUUUAGCGAAAUGUAAAGGAUUUUAUAUGGAUUUAAAUAUUUAGUGGUUAAUAACAAAGCUGGAAGCAUUGACUGUAUUAAAAAAAAAAAAAAAAAAAAAAAAAAAAAGAGAAUCCAAACAUACAAAUUGUUGGUUUUAUUCAAUUUUUUUUUUUUUUUUUUUUUUUAAAGGAGCAUGUCCUUUUUUGGCCUUGUCUGUCAGAUAAACACUUCAGUACUGCUUAGGUACUUUCAAUGCUGAUAUGAAGUUAUAUGAAUUAUACCUGUCUGUACAACAAUCAGAUGUGUGUGUAUAUAUUAUAUAUAUAUUUGUAUUUGUCAUGUUUGCGAGUAAAUGGAUUGUCUUGUAAUUUUGUACAUGUAUGUUUUCAAACAAACGCUGCAACUUGACAUGAACUUUCUCGAUUUAUUUUUUUUUUCUUCUCCUGUGAGAAGUACGCUGAACGCUACCUUAAAGAAGAUGGCAAGCAACACCUCGGUUAAAUACUGACACAUAAGUCUGCAGCUGAGCAUUUCGGCUUCAGUAAAGAAGUAUUUUUUCCCCCCGGAAACUUCCGUGUAUAAUAAGGGAGAUACGAAUACACGUGAAGUUUGUCUGUCUGAAUCCAGCGUGAACCGGCUCAGAUCUGACGCUCAGAUUUGUCUGAGAGUGUGUGUCUUUAUGUUGAGUGUGAACGCUGUGUGUUCUGUAUGUAAAAAAGGUCUGUUUGUGUGUCGAUAAAAUGUGUCCGUUUCAUGCA